UUAUUCAACGUACGUGGAUAAAAAAUAACGAGGUUCUAUGUAGCUAAUCCUGAUGUAGCUAAAUUUACUAUCCAAUGAAAACAACUCUUUCAUCUUACACAGAUACACCUUGUAAUUAAUUCAGAAAAAUGAAAACGAACAAUGUGGAAAACAGAUACCACAGUUAGAAAGCUUGUUUACAGAUACCACAGUGAGAAAGCUAUGAAGUGACAAUGGAGAAUAAUGGGGAUCACCGAUUGACUUCUCUGCUGUCUACCUGGAGAGGACCUCGUACCGUCAUCAUUCCAAAGACUGACCAAGGAUACGGCUUUACUCUAAGACACUUUAUUGUGUAUCCUCCAGAUAUAACACGGUCCAGUCCAAAUCUACAUGAAGAAGACUAUAUAAGUACUGAGAACUUCAUUCAAGGAUCUCGACGUAGAAGUAAACAUGGUGGAUCAGAACCUAUGGACACAAUUUUUGUUAAGAAUGUGAAAGAAGACAGUCCUGCCUAUUUAGCUGGUUUAUGUACAGGGGAUAGGAUUUUAUCUGUGAACAAUUUUCCUGUUACAGGGAAAACAUAUCAGCAAGUUAUCUCCCUUAUACAGUCAGGUGAAUCAAGACUUAAACUGGAAGUUUUGCCACAAGACCAGGAUAUUUUACAAAUGGCAUACAAAAACACACAUACUUUAUCCCAAGAUUCUUUGUAUCAUGGUCGUGGCAAUACAAACACAGCUUCAAGGCUAAACUCAUCUCAAGGAUAUACUUUAUCUUCCAUGGAGAAUAUAGCUCCCUCUAGUGGUGGAUAUCAGGAACAUUCUGCCACUGGUAGUGAUGGACAAGCAGAAAUGGAGGAAUACAGUCCAGAACGUAACAUAAAAUCUACAGUGUCUUAUACUACUAGUGUUUAUCGUGAACCCAGUGGAUAUAAUGGUAGAGGUGAACCAAGAUCUUUUGUUGAUACACGUAAAGAAUUUGAAGAGAGGGUUAAAGAUUACUCCGACCCUCCACCUAAUAAAACAUUCUCCUUUGGACUAUACUAUCCAACACCAAAGAAAGAAAGUCGAACAGAGGUAACCUUUAGACGAGGUCGAGACAAUGUACUGCAGCCUAAUGAUUCACAAGAAAAUAUUGCUAAAACUGUAAGGACUGCUCGAGUUAUUCCUCUUGAAAAAAAAUCUUCUAGAGAGGAACAAUCACAAGAAUCUUUAAUUAGUUCAAGUAGUUCAUCAGGAUAUACAUUGUCAUCUUCACCAUCACGGCAUAGUUACCCAGAUUCCAUCAGAAACAAUCCCCCUUUACCCCCACCGAGGUCAUUUACAUCACCCGAGAGACAGAGAAGUGAAAUUCAUACAACUACACGCCAUUAUGUUCCUGUUGUACCACAAGGUCAGAGGUCAGCUAAAAUGUCAUCAAGUUUAGACAAUUUAGAUUCAAGGGCAGAAAAUUAUCAGACAGAUAGGAAUUUAAGAACUAAUUAUAGCACAACACGAAUCUAUGAACAUCCAAGUAAAAAUAGUAACACAAGAACGUUUAUCGUGAAAAUAAAUGAUAGUGGGACUGAAAGUGAGAACGAUGAAAAUUCCAAUCAAAAUCGUAAUUCUUAUGGAACAGCAUUUGCAUUGACUAGAUCUCCCCAUUCUACCUCUAUAGAAAUAAAGGCAAAAGAACGCCCUCGAGUGUCACAGCGUAAGAAACAGUUUGAAACAGGACAAAUGGAAAAAACAGGAUCUACUCCUAAUGUCAACAGAUACAAAACAGAGAUACAGAAAAUCACAUCAUUAGGAAAAUUCAAUAGUGUGUCUUCAAGAUUACAAAAUUUUGAAAAAUCUGAAGAUGGACAACAAAGUGCACCAAAGUUAAGGAGAAUGUCGUCAACAGAAAGGUACUCAUCCCCAGAGGCUCCCUCUAUCAGUCACAAUCAGAACCAACCACAAUUUCAAGAACAGGCACCGAUCAGAAUUUAUGUUUCUCAAGGGUCAUCAAAUAACCAGUCAUCACCUAUUGUUGAAAUUGUACCUAUGUCAAUGUAUCAAGGGGGUGAAGCUAUGGACAGUAACAGGGGACCAGUCAAUAAAACUCCAGUUCAUGUCCAGCAUGAUGACAUGGAUGGUGGGAGAGCAGACCAAGAAAUGGAAGAUGAUGAUAAACAUGGACAGAAACCUGUAAGAAAACCAUCAUUUUUAGCUGCAGUCACUGCUUCACAGGAACUUUAUGGCAGUUCUCCAGAUGAGACCAGUCCUGAUUCUCCGCCAUCACAACAGUGGAGACAACAUACAUCUCCUGAAACUACCACUAUAUCAUACUCAUCCUCUAGCAUUAUGCCACCACCUUCAAGCAGUGGUAUGACACUAACCAGUACUCCAAUCAAAGAUUCACAGUCUACAGUAAUACUCAGGAAGAAGUCUGACUCAUCUCCAGACGAUGAGGCGAUCAAACUCCAAAGAAGGACAUCCUACCUCAUGGCUACUGCCAAAGACAGAGAUACCAAUAAAUUAUCACUGGACAAAUCAUUAACUCACAGUCACUCAGACACUGAUGUGCAGAUGAUUACACCUAAGAAGCCCCCCAGCAUGACCAAACUGAAAGCAUUCUUUGGUGAAAGGACUCCAAGGAUAUUAGAGGCAACAGAACGAAGACAAGAUCCAGCAAGUCCAAUUCAAGAAAUAUCCAAAAUGGGAUAUCUACAAUGUAAAACAGAUAUAGCUGAUGGAAAGAGAAAUAGUGAUAGGUCCUGGAGACCUGUUUGGGUAGAGCUACGUGGUCAUGCACUUUUUCUCAACAAAGAAAAGAAAGAAGGGUCUCAUCCAUUUGCCUUUGAUGAACAACCAAUCUCUGUGAAGUCAUCAAUGGUAGACAUAGCCUAUGACUACACAAAGAAGAGAAAUGUAUUCCGACUGAAGACAUAUAAUGGUUCAGAGUAUUUGUUCCAAGCUGAUGAUCAUGACACAAUGUUAUCUUGGAUUGAAGCCGUACAGAAAAAUAACAACCCGGAUCUUGAUGAUCAAGGUUUAUUUAGUGCCAACUUAAUAAUCAGAAAAUCCAAUGAAAUGACAACACAAACAUCAGCAGUUUCAGUCAAAAGUUCCCCACAGGUGCCUCACAAACCAAAGAGCCGACUGUCAACCAAAUCUAUCAUAAAGAUCCCACAUUCCCCAAGUAUGAAGAGGAAAGACAGAAAGACAGGAGAUGACAGUUCCAAGCAGAAAACAACACUAAAAGACAGAAUUAAAAGUUUUCGAAAGACAUCAAAUGCAACAGGAUCUGGUGGCCCUGAUGAUGCUGAGGGGACAGGAAUGUUUGGUGUCCCCAUUAAAUGUUGUAUUCCUUCACCUAAUAAUGAUUUCGUACCAAUGAUCGUGGACCUCUGUACAAAGAUUGUAGAAGCUAGAGGUUUAGAAGUUACUGGUGUUUAUCGAGUACCUGGUAACACUGCUGCAGUCAACAUGAUGACUGAAGAACUUAACAAGGGUAUAGACAAUAUGAAUGUUGACCAUGAGAAAUGGUGUGAUGUAAAUGUUAUUAGCAGUUUGUUAAAGGCAUUCUUCAGGAAGUUACCAGAAUCCUUAGUAACAUCAGAAUUAUACCAAGAUUUUAUAAAUGCCAGCCGAUUAGAAGACCCGGAGAGGAGAAUGUUGAAACUGAAGCGUCUUCUUCAUGAACUUCCUGAACAUCAUUUUGAAACUUUUAAACAUCUUGCUGAACAUUUAAAUAAAGUAGCAGCAUGUGGUCAUAUUAAUAAGAUGGAUGCCAGAAAUCUGGCUAUUGUAUUUGGACCGACACUUGUCAAAAAGAAAGAUGAUGACAUGGCGUCCAUUGUCAAAGACAUGUCUGACCAAUGUCGAAUUAUAGAGAGUAUUAUUUUACAUCAUGACUGGUUCUUUGGUUCCUGGGAUCAGGAUGAUCAUGUGCCUGUUGAUGAACAGUCAGAAACACCAACCAAUCCUUCUGUUACUCGACUCAGUUGUGAUGAUGAUGACAAUACAGUUAACCCGAAAGACAUUGUGUUCUCUAUUGUUCAAGCAGCUAAUAAAAAGUUACGUGGAGAAAAAGACAAGAGUUCAGACGGUUUGGAUACUAGUGUUUUGGAUGGAGGAUUUUCAGAACGUAAUAUUGAUCAAGAAGUUUAUAGGAGUAGAAUGAAAGGUCAAAUUGAAUCCACAUCUAAAAGUAGUCCAGAUUUACUUGGGCUGUCAGGACGAGCUUCACAUGACAAGCUGAUGUCAUUACCGGUACGUCAAUCAGAUAGCACUAAUGAUCGUAGAAUGGCAAAGUCUCAAGAAAUAAUGGAAUCAGAUUGGGAUUUUGUUGGUUCUUCACAGAGUAUGUAUGGGAAAUCUUUACACUACUCCGAUGAUUCUUUGGACAAGAAUGAUGAGUUAGAAGUUUCUCAUAGUGGAUUAAGUGGCAGUUUUAGUGUUAGUCAGAGUACAAUAGACAGACUGAGAAUUAUUGAAGAAGAGGCCAGGGCACUGAGAGAAAAAGAAGAGAAACGAAAACGGGACUUUGAACGUAGAAAACUAGAAAAACAGAAGAUAGAGCAAAAUAUAAUGAAAACUAAAAAGGAAAUGGAAAUUGAAGACAGGCAUAGUAUAGAAGACUUAUUAAGUGCUGUAUUAUUAAAAAGUGAUCCUGGUGGUCGAAGUUUAGGUCAUCACCGUGGUGAUUCUAUGUCAUCAGAUCAUUCAAACUCCUCAUCAGAAGGGAGGCAACCUUUAUGUUAUAAAAAGGAGAAAUCAGGGGGUGGUAAAUAUUUUGUUAUUCAGAGUAUAGUUGGAAAACAUGGACGUGAAAAAAUGCCACGGUCUUCGAAGAGUGGAUCAAACAUCGAGGUCAAAGGUCAAAGGACAAGUUCCCUUGAGAGGUUAUUGGAACAAUCAGAAAACGAAGUUUCAAGAAAAUCAGGACGGGGUAGAUAUGCCUCUAAUGAUUCUCAGUACCUUCAAAUCACAAAGGGAGAUCAUCCACAUAGACGAUCUAAAUCCAACUUAAGUCGUAGUAAUUCCUUGCGACGAGGCUCGUUAGAUUCUUUGAUUGACCUGAUACAGGAUGGCAAAAGGAGGUCAUAUGAGGAUACAGAUUCAGAGGAUGGCUCAGAUUUACUCUCUGAUCUAACUUCUACUUUUGAUCAAAAAUUAAAAGUGCUUGUGAACCCUAAAUAUAAGUUAAAUGGCAGUUCUUCAAAGUUAAAUAGAAGUGAUAGUUCAAACAGUUCAAAUGAAAAGGAUACAAGUACUCAGUUAAGGCUGCCACCACAACUGCCUCUUUCUCAUGUAAAUAAGAAACUGUGUAGUAGUAAUGAUAUGUUAGAAAAACAAUAUCAAGACCCGAGUUUGCAUCGAUCACCACGGCAACAUGAAACAAAAGUAGGAAUAGCUUAUCGCUUUGAACGUAAUCCGUCAAACAGUAUGUUAGCGCAAUCAAACAAUUCUAGCGAGGCCAAUAAUACAAAUAGUGCUCCUGUUGAUCCUCGGAAUUCUACAGUCACGUUUACUGUACCUAGUGUUCCUCAUCCACAAAUGACAGUGCUCUCACCUGUUCAUGAUUCUAGAACAAAAAAUGAAAAAACAGAAAUUAAUUUAACAUUGUCAAAUCCAGUCAGCAAUAAAUCUCCCACACAAUUAUAUCAAAUAAAUGUGGAUAAAUAUCCGAUACAUACGCAACAAAGAAGUCUUGAUGAAACUUUUAAGGCCAGGUCAUCUUCACCACCGGCACUGAAACGAAAAUCAGAAAAGCCAAAGAAACGACGACACACUGUUGGAGGUACUGAUGACCUGGAACACUUUAAAGCUUUAGUUAGUGUAACGCAGAGCAAAGGAGAAAACAAAAGAUCAGCAUGGGACCAGUUACAACCAGUUGUUAAAUCACCAAAUCUAGUUGUUCAUAGAAGUUUACAACAAUGGAUUCAGAAUGAACGACUUCGAGGAAGUACCCCUGAUCUUUCACAACAACAUAGCCCAAAAUUCUUUUAAAAGAGCAGAUUACUUAUCAUAGCCACAUAGUCCUAAAUAUUGCUAACUCCUUCUUGUAUGUCAAGUUAUAAUUUUAAGUUUUUUGCAUUUUACUUAUGUAAUGAGAAAAAUAAAGUUUGGUAUUUUUAAGAUAUAGAUAUUUUGAAAGUCCUGAUUUUUAUAUGUUAUUUAUGUAAGUGGAAUAGGUUUAAACAUCACUUCUUUUUAUUAACAUGAUUACAAUGCAUAGUUUUUAACAUGAUUAUUAUAAUUCUAUUUAAUAUUAUAAUGAUAUCAUUUUAUGCUGUUUACCUCAAAUUUCGUUAUCUUUCGUUGAGCAAAUUUUUGUUACUUUUAGUUGCUUAUUAUGAAUUAGUAAGAAAAUUUGUUUAAGUUGAGGUAUUCAGUUGCAUGAGGUCAUCAAUUAGCUUCAUUUUAAUCAAGAUGUUCUUCAACCUGCUUUGCUUUUUCUGUCUUCAUAAUGCAUGAAAGCUUAACAGAUUUCAUUUGCAAAGAAUGUAAUUAGUGGUCAGCUGGUCAGUUAGAUCAUGAAUAAUGCUGUCAUUGCCACACAAAAAAUGUUGUGAAUUUUAAAUUCUGUUUAUUUUCUUUUAAUUUAUUCUUUUUAUUUAUUUUGACCAUCACCAUUUAUAAUUCAAGGUUUUUAUUUAUUUUGACCAUCACCAUUUAUAAUUCAAGGUUUGUUAAUGUUUAGCUAUAGUUUAUUUACAGUUUUGUUUUUUGACCGUCAUUUUUAUAAAAUUUCCCCAGAAUAACUAAGGUAUUGUUAAAAUACAAGUUUAUUUUCUUUGUUUUUACAUGUAAUGACAUUUUUUUAUUAGUGCAAUAAUAUUGAAGAUGCAAAUGUUGACAUUUUUAUUAUUGUAUAUAUUGUUGAAAUGGUAGGCAUCAUCAUAUAAAAUAUCAUUUACUAAAACCAAAGCUGUCAUUCUGUACAUAGUCAUUAUUGUGUAUACUUAUUUAAUUUGUUUGAAUGACACAAAAAUACUAUUAAUGAUCAAAAAGUAUCAAACCUACAAAGUUGACUAAAUAUCAGUGAUGUCUGCUGAAUGUUACUGAAAAAGACAAGUGUUGUUUGGAGGCACAGAAAUCAUAUCUACAAUAUCUCUAUUGUUUUUGUUCUUUUUGUAUAUUUACACCAUUUUUUAAGCUGAAGGUUUAGUAAAUAAAAAUAAAACUUGGACAUGUGUAUUAUUAUUUUUCAAAUUUUUUUCCUAAAAAUUUGUGAAUUUUGGGAUGAAUUCAAAUCCCUUUCUGUUGACAGAAUAAUCACAGACAUACAGAAAGAUAAAAAUAGAACUUUACAUUUUAAACUGUUAACUGUUUUUAGAUAUUAACAUUUUAAAGUGUUCUGAACUCUUUAAUUUCUUUUAGAUAGUUAACAUUUUUAAUUGCUAAAUGUUUUAAUGACAUAAAGUAAACAUUGUUACACACUGUAAGAUAGUUAUUAUCAUUUAAAACUGUUAUCAUUCUUACAUAUUGUUACCAGUUUUGACAUGCUGGCAUUUAGUCAACAUUGUAAACAAGCAUGAUAUGUUUAAAAUUGUCCCAGAGUCAUUUUCUUUUCAUAUCCCCUCAAUGGACAGGGGUUGAAAAUAGCAGGAGUUGUGGUGAUGUGGUUCAGUUUUGGGCCCUUUAUAGCUUGCUGUUCGGUGUGAGCCAAGGCUCCGUGUUGAAGGCCUUACUUUGACCAAUAAUGGUUUACUUUUACAAAUUGUGACUUGGAUGGAGAAUUGUCUUAUUGGCACUUAUACCACAUCUUCUAUAUCUAUAUAAAGUCAGCUACAUAUAUCAAAGGUCAGACUCACUUUAUAGAACCAGUUUUAAAGGGACCUGGAUCAGGAUCAGUGACUUCCUCUAUUUUCAGCUCCUGACAGGUUGCAUUAUUAAGGUUUUUUUUUUUGGAAAGUUUUUUAUCAGUGCAGUCACACCUUUAAAGGGAUGUUUUCAAUAUUGAUAUAUUUUUCUUUCUGUUUUAAGUUGGUAUGAAUUUUGAAUAUUUUAGCUAAUCAAUAGAAACCACUUUCUAGUAUAAUUAAAAUUUAUAUUAAUCGACAAAUUUAGUUUAAGUUAUGCAGAUUAUUGUUUUCACUGUUUAAAACCUUAAAUAAAAUGAUCACUUUGUAAUAUUAUUAAAUCACAGUUUCACAAUCCUGUAGAUGGGAACAAAAACCUUUGAAGACAAUUCUUGUAACAGUGUUUUAACAGCCUUUAAUAUGCAGUUAUUUACUGUCAAAAAUAAUUGCUAGAUAAAGUAAACGAUUAUCCUUCAGGAAUUUGUGGGAAUCCUGAAUUAAGUAUAAUUUUGAGAUCCAACUCGCCAAAAUUUAUUGUGUAAUGCAAAAAAGUUUUUUUUCUGUAAAUGUUUGAUCCAAAUUUAGCUUUUAUAUUUUUGAUUCAAUUUAUUCAUUCAGUUUUGUGAAAAAAAGUAAUUAUCUUUUAUAGUGAAAGACAUGUAUGUUUAUGUAGAGGACAAAUCAUUGGUACAUUUGUAUAAAAAAUAAUCUUUUUAGGUUUGAUAAGUGCAUUAAUUGGCAUUGCCAGGCCAAUAUAUUAGUAUCCACACUCGGUUUUGUCUGGUCUCCUGUAUCAACACACUUACUGAUAGUAAAUUGUACCAGUUUAUAUAGAUUAAAGUUACUAGCAAAUUGUGUUAAUGUCACUGACUCACAUCUAACACAGAAUUUGUGAAAAAUGGUUCAAUAAUAUUACAGGGUGUGUUUGAUUAUUGUUGCAUUUUAUUUGAUUACCGAAAGUCUUCCUAUUGUUUUAAAUAUUAUUUAGUUUAUCUUGUUAAAUCAUUAAAAACUUUGUUGUAUAUGAAAUUUUAACAUACAUGUAAAAGAAAGAAGAGGAAAGUUAAUAAAAUACUAAACAGUA